AUCAUAUAUAAAAAAAUUCAACAUACUCACUGUGGCUGUGAAUUGAUAAUAAUUAUUAUUGUUUUCUGAAAUCCAAUAGUUUUUAGUUCAUAGACUUCAAGCCAAUUACCAAGUAAUAAUUAUCUGUUUUUCAUUAGUUAUUUUUUAUUAAAUUACUUAUUUUAAAUCCACUAAAUAGUUUAAAUAUUAAUUUAUUUAUCGUUAUUUGUAUUGGUAAAAUCUUAAUUUAUUAUGGCGAAAACCGGCUUAUUGAUAUGUUCUAAUCCAUUUCGUGUGUUACGCAUAGUCCCGCAAUUACAAUGCGAUUUAUUAAGUACAUUAUACGUACAUUUUUUUCCAACAUCAAUAUCGGAUAAAAAAAAUAUAGAACCACGAUUUAUGAUGAUCGAUGCAUACAAAAAUUUAAAUUACACCAAUGUUGAUGUACGUGUUUUACUAUAUGGUCUUAAAGAUACAUUAGACUCCCGGAUCGCUACAAAAAGGCCAAUUGAUGUGAUUUUCUAUGAUGACCACAUACAAACAGAACAACUUAAUUUUGUAGUUUCUUUGUUAAGUAACAAGUCUUCUAAUUAUAAGACUGUGUUUAUUCAUCCAACAGAGGAUACGGGUUCAAUAGAUAUCAAACAAAAUUCUCAAUGUAAUAAAAUAUAUGAAAAUGUGGUUUUAGGAGGAACUUUUGAUAGACUGCACAAAGGUCAUAAAAUAUUACUAAGUACAGCCGUGUUAAAAUGUAGUAAAAAUUUAACUGUGGGUGUAACUGAUAUAUCUAUGUUAAAAUGUAAGUUGGUUAAGUGGAAAAUUUGAAUAAUAUAGCUUAUGCAUUUUUAUUUUUUUAAUUUUAUUAUUGUAUUUGUAAAAAAUGAAUAUAGGAUAGAUACCUAUGCAUAAGUCUUAUAAAAUGCCAGUGGAAUGCAUGGUUUUAUUUAUGAAUUAUUUAAUUUAACUAUUGUUAGCAUAUUAUUUAAUAAUGUGAUUUAAUUUAAUUUUGCAGCAAAAAAAUUAUGGGAGCUUAUUGAACCUUGUGAAACUAGAAUAAAAAAUGUUGAGGAGUUUUUAAAAGACAUUUAUCCAACAUUAGAAUAUAAUGUAUUGCCAAUUUAUGAUAUUUAUGGACCAACCGUGCAUGAUUCUACAUUUCAGGUUAUUAUUAUUUUAAUAUUUGCAUUGCAAAGUGUUUUUUGAAUUUUGUAUUUUAGAUGAUAAUAUUAAGUGACGAAACUCUUCAUGGUGGAGAACUAAUUAAUAAUAAACGAACUAAGAAUGGAUUAAAACCACUGCAUAUUUUACCUGUGGCUCUUUUGAAAGAAGAUAAAAUAUCGAAUAAUUUAUACUGCAAAGAGGAAGAAGAAAAAAUUAGUUCAAGCAAUUAUCGUAUGAGAUUACUUGGUACAUUGUUAAAACCAAUACAAGUAAAUAAUAAAGUUAAAUACAAUUUGUUUUAUUUCAUAUUGGAAAUUUGUAAUCACAUAUUUGUAUUUUCAGAUUAAUAAAAAUAUACCUGAGUUUCCAUAUAUUGUUGGCUUAACUGGUGGCAUAGCAAGUGGAAAAUCAUCUAUUUCUAAUUAUUUAAAAGAAUUAGGAGCAUUCAUUAUAAAUGCUGAUAUUUUAGCUCAUGAACUGUAUGGUAUAAAUUGUCCUGCAUACCAACUGAUUGUUGAUUCUUUUGGAUCUAACAUAUUGACAUUGGAUAAUCAAAUAGACAGACAAAAACUAGGUGCCAUAGUUUUUAGUGACCAGGUAUUCUAUAUUGUAAUACGAUUAUAAAUAUUUAUAUUAUUUGACACUUUUCAUUUACACCUUAUUGCUAAGAUUUUACCUAUAGGUGAUUUUAAUGUACUAAACUUAACGUUUUUAUCAAUUAAUUGGACCUUAAGCAAUUGAAUAAUUUCACUAAUUUUUGUAAUGAAACACUUGAUUUGAUAUUGUUUGGUAUUCAUAUAAUCUUUGUACAAAAUUAUACUCUGUUAAUACCAUUACCAGAUGCCUAUCAUACAACAGUUAAUUUUAUUUGUGAACCCUGGGCAUCGAGCUCCUACUGGAGGAAAGCCCAGAUUGGUAAUUCCAGUAGGCAUAUGGUAAAGUUUCUGUAGCACGGAGGAAUUAACUUAAUAGUUGAAAAUACAAUUCACCCUCUGGAAGGGGAUCAAAAUACUCCUAUGUUACAACUACCUGUCAUAAGAGGCUACAAAUGGGGUUGUGUCAGGUUGACAGCUGGUACAAAUUCUGUCAAAGAGUUCUAAACAGGACUGGUAGAUUAUCUAAUCUCAAAUGUAUGCAGCGAUAACAAGUGAGAAGAGUUACUAUAGUAUAUGAUGUUAACAACUUCUAUUUCAGCUAUCACUACCUCUCUUCGAUAUACUGAUAAAAGAUUUUUUUAGGCUCUACAAAGUUAACGAACCUAACAUAAUGAGUGAUGAAACAUAGGGUCCAAACAAUAAUCAUUAUAGUGGAGACAUUCAGACUCCAAAAUAAAGAAAUUUUUAAGUGACACAGUCUGUCUAAAAUGUUAUGAUCACUGUUUUUUGAGACACGAAGGUUCUUUUGAUCGAAUUUAUGCCAACUGAGGCAACCAUAAAUGCAGUUUCAUAUUGUGAGAUUUAGAUAAAACUUUGUAGUCUCAAAAAGCUUCUCCUUCAUUGGCAUAUCUGACCAAAAUCAAGGGAAGAGAGGUGUUGGUGGCUGUCGUUCAUCGUAAAUGUGUGUCAGGCACAAACUAAAAAUCAGAUUAAGUUGAUCCAAUCAUCUUUUAAUAGGGAAGAAGUUUUGAUAUAUACUAGUGUUAUCAACUUUUGGAAAAAUAUUUAUUUUAGGUGCUAGAAGCAUGGAAACUUUAUUUUUGGGACAUGCCUCCUUAUUUGAUACCAUUAAAAAUAGAUAAAUGUAAAAUUGUUUUUUUACAUGCUGUAGUUAAGGAUAUUGGAGUUCAUCUAAUUCGUGAUCUCUCUUUCAAAAGAAAAAAAAAUGAAAUCAUCCAUAGAUGAUAAAAACAUUAAAAAAAUUCAAAUUCUAUAAAAACCCAUUAUUGUUCCCUCUAUUUGUUCUUAAAUUUAGUUCUAAUCCAGUUUAAAUUUGAAUUUAAAGAAAUGGUUCUUUUGACUUAUACACCCAUUUCUAGAAACUCAAAUAUUUUAGUCUAAAAUAUAGUUAAUUUUGAUCUUUUUAUAUUGUGACAUCAGUUAAUUGAGUUAUAUUAUUGUUUGAUUUAUUAAAUAAUAAUAUUUAAUAUCUUGCGCUUUUAGCUCAAAUAAAUUUUUCAAUUUCGUCCUUUAAUUUUUAUAAUCUGGAUAUUCUUAAUAUUUUAAGUCUACAAUUGGUAAUGACAACUUUUUAGUUAAAGCUUUAAAAGUUCUAAAUAUAAUCUUCACCUCCUUAGAUAUUUUUGAUACUUUUAAAUUUAUGUCAAGCGUAUUGUUAAGAAAUUAUUCUAUUAUUUUAAUAAAGAAUAACCUUGUAAACUAGUUUUAUUUUCAAAAAAAUUGUAGGUAUGGUUAAUUAUUUUUGACAUGUUUAUUAUUAUUAUUUAAUUUGUUAUUUACCUAGCUAUGUAUUCCACAUUCCUAAUGUAAAAGGUCUUGUCCCAUUAAAUUUAUUUAAAAUAAAAUAAUUAUUGUUAAUAUAUUUUAGGAUAAACUGAAUCAAUUAAAUCAAAUAAUGUGGCCUUUAAUUUUGCAAAAAGUUAAGUCAAUAAUUGAGUCAAAAAAGGAAUUUAAAAUAAUUUUUGUAGAAGCUGCUGUACUUUUAACUGCAAAUUGGCAAAGUAAUUUCCAUGAAAUUUGGGUAUCAAUAAUUCCAUUGGAUGAAGUAAGAGUUAAUAUAUGUUGAUGUUACAUAUGUUGCUGUGAAUGUUAACAAUUGGUGAAUGCUGACAGUCACCUGGUGAAUGUCAGAAUACACAUCUUAAAUUGGUGAAUGUUAAUUAAUAAUUUAAAGAAAUGUGGACAUUAGUUAGUGAAUGUUGGCAUACAUUUUACUAUAGACAAUAUACAAUAUAUAAUAUUUAAUUUAAGAUUAUUUCGUCUUAUGAAAAUUAUUAUUUUAAACUAUAGAAAGUGGUGUUAAAUACCUAAACUAUAUACUUUAUUGAGAUUGAUAUUAUAAAAGUUGUUGGAUAUGAUAAAUAUUUUAUCAAAAAGAUCAACUUAUACAAUACCUAAUAUUGUAUAGAUACUAAGUAUGCCUACUAUUCAGUACUAAAAUCGAAUAAAUAAAAGAAGAGGGACUAUAGGACUUUAAUAAAUUAGCCUCCUUUGCAAAUAUUAAACUCAUAGCUUUACCACCUACAGCUCCCCUUAUACCAAUUUUUAAACAUAAUUCAGAGAUAAAUAAUUUACAAAAAUAAAAACUACUUAAUAAUAUCCAUGCAGACUAAAUGUUUGCUUUUGCAUGUACAUUUAUUUUUAAUUCUUUAUGAAGUGAUUUUUUUUAAUCUUAAAUCAAAUUUUCUUCUAAAUAUUUUGCAUUUGAUUAUAAACAUACAAGUCAUAUUCAAUUUUAUUUUUUUGUUAUAUUUCAGUGAAAAUAAACUAUAGAAGCUGUAAAUUUCACCAAAUACUUAUAUAAAGGGUGUCCAAGGAAGAUAUACCCUUGAAAUAUCUCAGAAAAUAAUAAAGAUAAUCAAAUGUUGUUUUUUUAUAUUACUCACAGGGAUGAGGACUACAAAUAUUUAUAAUUUGAAUUAAUUUUUUUUUUUAUUAAAAAAACAAAAAAAUUAUUUUAAUAUUUUUUGGACAAUUUUAAUGUAUCACACAUUUAUAUCCAAUAAAUAGUUUCUAAGUAACAGCAGUUUUAAAUUCUACUAAUCCAUGUGAAAACCGAUGUUAUCUAGGGAAUAACCUAACUGUGUUACACAAUAAGAUUUAUGCGGAUUAAUAGAAUUUAAAACUGCUGUUACUUAAAAACUAUUUAUUGGAUAUAAAUGUGUGAUCCAUUAGUUUUCAAAAAAAUUAUCUUUACAGAAUGGCUAUCUUAAAAUUUUAAGAAAAUAUUAAAAUAAAGUUAAUUUUUCAAUAAUAAAUAAAAAUUAUAUCAAAUAUUAAUAUUUGUAGUCCUCUUUCCUUAGAUUAAUAUAUAUAAAAAACAUAAUUUGGUUAUCUUUUUUAUAUUUUUUGUAGAUGUUCGUGGGGUAUAUCUUUGUUGGACAGCCUGUAUAGCACUUUCAAGACAUGGAACAAUUUUCAAAACAUUCUUCGGUUAUACAUAGUUAUUUAUAGAUAUUUUAAAUUAUUUGGUUUUAUGUGGUUAAAGAUAUGUUGCCCCAUGUCCAAAAUGGUAAAACAAUGUUUAUCAUGAAUUACAAGUAGUGUUGAUAAUAUUUAAUUUUUUUAUUUGUUUUAAGUUCAAAUUUUAAUAAAACCGCAAAAUAUAUAUGCUAUGCAAAAAUAAAUAGUAUAAAUAUAAUACUAUAAUAAUAUAUAAUACUCUAAAAUUUCUGAAAAAUGAGUUGAGUAAUAAUGGAAACUUGUAUUCAAACACUGCUACUAUUAUAUUUAAACACUAUAGUUAGCUAUUAUGACUUUCUUAUUACAUUUAUUACAUUUAAAGAAAACAAAAUUGGCAUUACCAACAUUCACCAAUAUCAUUGAAAAUUAUGACAUUCACUAAUGAAAGUUUACAUACAGUACAAAUUCAAUCAAUAAAUUCAUCAACUGUGUGUGGACAUUUACUGUAAUGUAUUGUACAUAUAGUUUUAAUUUCAAACAUGAAUGUAUUUUGACAUCAAUUAUUUGUACCAAAUUUGAUAAAAUCUGUAAUACCCAGGUAAAAUAAUACAAAUUUUAAAUAUUUUUGGUUUUUUUUAGGCUGUCAAAAGACUCAAAGUCCGUAAUAAUCUUAAUGAAAAAGAAUCUUUUGACAGAAUUAAAUCUCAACCAUCAAACAUGGAAUAUAUUGAAAAUGCUAAUGUUUUAUUCUGUACUCUUUGGAGUUUCAACUGUACACAUAUUCAAAUUAAAAGAGCAUGGAACAGUCUUUUAACUAGAGUUUCUAAACCCCAAUGAUUUUUCACUAUAAAAUGUAUACUUUUAUUGAAACAAUACCACUUUUAUAUAUUAUUUAUUAAGAAUAUUUUUAUUGUAUGGUAAUUAAAUUUAUUGGUA